GUCAUUACACUCUCUCCUCCAUAUAUAGACCCAACUCCCUAUACUCCCCUCCAUAUCCCUACCUCUUUUCUUUCUCUAUCCUUAUCUUUUUUCUCUCUCUCUCUCUGCAUAGUUCAGUCUUUAAUAAUUCCGCCAUUAAAGCGGAACCUACAAGCUUUAAACUUUAACUAAACAAAGAACCAGCUAAAGCAUCACCAUGACCAAAGACAUAGAAGUAACAGGAACUCACAAGGAUUACCACGACCCACCUCCAGCAGCAUUCUUCGACACUGCCGAGCUCGGAAAAUGGUCUUUCUACAGAGCCUUAAUAGCCGAGUUCGUUGCUACCCUUCUCUUUCUCUACAUCACUGUUUUAACCGUUAUCGGUUACAAAUCCCAAAUCGACCCUAAAGCCGGCGGCGACCAGUGUGGUGGAGUUGGUAUUCUCGGUAUCGCUUGGGCUUUUGGAGGCAUGAUUUUCGUUCUCGUUUACUGCACUGCCGGAAUUUCAGGGGGUCAUAUUAACCCGGCGGUGACAUUUGGGUUGUUGUUGGCUCGGAAGGUUUCGCUGAUUCGAGCGGUGUUGUACAUGGUGGCUCAGAGUUUGGGAGCCAUAGCUGGAGUUGGGCUUGUUAAGGCCUUUCAAAGUGCUUACUACGUUAGGUACGGCGGCGGCGCCAAUGAGCUAGCUGACGGGUACAGUACCGGCGUCGGCUUGGGAGCUGAGAUUGUUGGGACCUUUGUUUUGGUUUACACAGUCUUCUCCGCCACUGACCCCAAAAGAGUUGCCAGAGAUUCUCAUGUUCCGGUUUUGGCACCACUACCAAUUGGGUUUGCUGUGUUCAUGGUUCACUUGGCCACCAUUCCGGUCACGGGUACGGGCAUCAACCCGGCUAGAAGUCUUGGAGCCGCCGUUAUCUACAACAAUGAAAAGGCUUGGGAUGACCAUUGGAUGUUCUGGGUUGGACCCUUUAUUGGUGCAGCCAUUGCAGCUUUCUACCAUCAGUUUAUUUUGAGAGCAGGAGCUGCUAAGGCUCUUGGGUCCUUCAGGAGUGGCUCUCAUCAUGUUUAAUUCUUAAGGCUACUUAGUUAUAUUACUUCCUUCUAUAUUGGGGUAAUAUGAUCAAUCAUAAUAUUAUCAAAAGAAAAUUAAAUUAUUAUUAUUGUUAGUGUUCUUUUUUCCUGCUUAUUAAUGUAUUUGUGCUUUUAUUAUUAUGAAUUAUGGAAAUGUAGAUACAUUCUAUUAUUGAAGGGGGGUUGAGCUUGUAGUUUGUACUUUUUACUGAUUAUUAUUCUCUCUAAGCAAACUCUCUCCCCCCUUUGAAUGUACUUUUUAAUUCUAUUCUUGUCUAUCGAUUUCCUGAGUUGUUUGUCA